AUUCGACGCUGUCAGCAAAAGUACGAUCGUCACACGCUGCCGAACUGUGAUUCGCUUCCAUACAAAACAAAAGGUCACGUUUUUAUUAUCACCGAAAAUAGUAUUAGAUCCACUAGUGGGCGUCCAAAAUGCCGCGAUCGGUGAUAACAACGGCUCUGUUACUUCUGGGACCAGUUUCCAUGGUAACGGCAGUCAUCUACGAAAAGAACUGCUUGCAUUUCGACGAAGCAUACAACUUCAGAGAGGAUCGGUACACCGGUAAGUGGUAUGAGGUCCGUCGUCUGGCCGACCCGGAGGUAUCCGAGCAGUUAGAUUGCGUGCAGGAAAAGUAUACCCGUUCCAGCAACAUGCUUGAUUUUGACAUUAUUCGCUCGAUCCAGAAAACCGCUGCCGGUGAUCCGAUAUACACUACCGGAGUAGCAAGUCCUCGUACGUACGAAAACUCCAAGGUGCCACAAUUCUACUUGCGAUACAAUACGACCAGCCCCGCUGAUCCAGAUAUACAGGUAGACAUCGUACAAACCGAUUAUUUAAACUUUGCCAUAGAGUACUCUUGUAACAGUAUCAACUCAACUACUGUAUCAGAAUCCGCUCGGGUCCUGUCUCGCCGCCGUUCGAUGCCGAAACAUGCGGUCGAUAUAAUCAACAAAUUUGUGGUAGCUAACUUCAAACAUCCACAACAUAAAUGGCGUGUGACAGAACAGUCGGAUGGCUUCUGUAAGCCGACCAUCAUUAUCAACAGCGGAACAUCCGGUGGGACUCGUCAUGGUCCGGCUUGGCAAAGUAUAGCGAUUCUCUUUGUAAUUUUGGCGAUGUCGAUCCUACGAUCGGAGUUAAAGUGAUAGAUCAAGAGAACUAUUAAUUUAAGAACUAUCGUUUGGUCUGUUUUUAUCAAAUAAAGCUUAUCUGUAGAUGUAAUGUAACAGUGCUGUAUAUGGAAAAAUAAUAAACUUAAAUUGUACAUGUUCAUGUACGAGUUUAUAGAA